CACCCAUUCCCUUCCCCCUUUCCCACUCCCAGCCGCCGCUCCUCAGACCUCAGUCCUCUCUCUCUCACUCUCUCACUUCCUCAGUGUCUCUCUCACUCCGCCGCGCUCGGCAAGCGCUCCGCAGUCUUCAUGGCCGAGGCCGAAACAUCUCCUCGGGUUCAGGAUGUAUCUCCGGCUUUGGGGGACACCCGCACCCGUCGUCGUCGCUCAGAUCUUGUCUUAAAUGAAGAUUCAGUUUUCCUUGUGUCCACAAAGAGAUCAAAGAUGGACAAAUACCGACUUCCAGUAGACAUCAGGAUGUUUGUUUCUGCAGGUCAUUCUGAAUCUGAUCUGACAAAAGUAUUAGAAUCAUCGAAGAGAGUCGCCACAUCUGUUCUUUUUGAGGUUGCUUGAGCUUCAACUAGAGCAUGUUCAUUG